CCUGURAGGCAGARACAUUCGUUGGUGGUCGAAGGCGAAGAGAGAUCUACUUGGAAGUUCUUAAGCCUAAAGUUUUAAAAUAUAUGAGCCGUUUAUUGCCGCGACCUUUGUUGAACUCGGAACGGUGCGCUCGAGGGAUGACUUCCACUAGAUAUAAACUCCAUUUCUUCGGCAGUGUUAUACUAUAGCUAGAGCUUACAUGGCCAAGAUGAAAGACAUUCUCGUUCAAAUGCCAGAAAARCAAAAAGACUCAUUAUGGUCGUGGGUAGUCUGUGUAAGCUCGUUCUGUGUUCAAUUCGUAGCUUUUGGGUUCCAUAACUCCUUUGGAACUUUCUUCGUUGCGUUACUCGACAAAUAUGGGAAAAGUGAAUCCGCGACUGCAUGGGUUGGUGCAGUGGCAAUUGGUCUCACAUUCAUUCUUGGUCCAUUUGCUACAUACCUGUGCAGUCACAUGGGYUGCCGUCUCACUGCAUGUACUGGAAGUUUAUUAGUGUUAAUCUCUGCUGUUUCAACGUCUGUUAUCACUGAAAUGAAAUGGAUGUACCUGACAUUUAGCCUACUGAAUGGUCUAGGUUCAACCAUGUUAUAUUUCUCUUCCCUUGUUGUCCUUAUUGAGUAUUUUCAUAAACAUCUUUCUUUAGCAAAUGGUAUAGUUUUAAGUGGAUCAGGAAUUGGUACACUGUGUAUAACUUUGAUGUCRCAGAACCUUAUUUCUAACUAUGGACUAGGAGUUACUUACAGAGUACUUGGAGGGCUUUUUACAAUCUGUUUCUUUGCUGGUCUCACCUUUACUCCUAUCCGUAAAUAUAACGAAGACUUUAUAACUGAAAAGAAGAAAGUUGACAMAGAGGAAGUAGUUCCUUUAACUGCACGGUGGAAAAGAUGCUUCAAACUUGGUGAUCAGUGGAAGAAUAAAGGAUUUAUCGUAUGGACCAUAGCAACUGCAGUGGUGUUGUUCGCAUACUACAUUCCAAGCAUGUAUAUUGUUAGCAUAGCUAAAGGCGUUGGUGUCCCAACUUCCAAAGGAGGGCUGUUGGUAGGGUUCCUGGCCAUMGCCCACACUAUUGGUAAAAUUGUCAUUGGUAAAAUAGCAGAUCUCCCUGGUGUGAAUCGUCUGACAGUCCUUCAGCUUGGAUUACUCGUAUCUGCAGUGAUUAACUGUCUGCUACCGCUGGCCAAGACCUUUGAGAUGCUUGCGGCCUACUCUGUGGUCCAAGGAUUUUGUGAUGGAAGUUUUGGUGUUCUGGUUGGCCUGGUGACUCACGAUGUUGUUGGAAAAAGACUCAUGGCUGAUGCCAUUGGGUGCUUGUACCUUGUGGUYGCUUUGCCGAUGACAUUAGGACCUCCAGUUGCAGGAAUGUUUUACGACCACAUGGGAAACUACCAUGCUGUAUUCUUYCUAUCAAGUGCUCUCGUUUGCACAGGGAUUUGUUUAAUGUUCGCUGUCCCUUGGCUCGUUCCAGCAUCUCUACCAGAAAAGGAACUUUUGGUGAUGGACGACUGCAACGAGUCUUUCCACGACAGCGAAGGACAUUUCGACAUGUCRUACGUCGACGAACAGAAAGUAGCUGAUUUGUUUGGCAGAAAAAAGGCGCGUAAUUUACUACUCGAGAGAGCGUCACUUCGAAACAGUAUCGCAUCGACAAGGGCAAGUAGUUUUGUUCUGUUCUCUAUCGUUUCUGAGGACCAGCAACGAGAUAUUUCGGCUUACACAAGUCGACAAGAACUAUCUUUAUUAAGCGGAGCAAACACUCCUAUUAGAGGUACCCCAAGUACACGAAGAAGACAUUUCGACUUAGAUUCACGUACGAGUAUGUAUUCGCUACGACAAAGCUCCGUGAGCGUGGCUCAUAGUGAGCAGCACGCUCAAGACACUGUUGAACAAGAACACGUUACAAUUCCUUUUGAAAGUGCUUUGGAAACUGUAGAAGAAGCUGCUGAGUUUGAACGCAAGAUUUCUUGCGAAGAAACAAGACUGCAGCAACCUGUUAUUGCGAAACCGACAGCGAUUGAAGUUAUCAACGAAGAAACAGAAGUCAGGAAUGAUGAAUUCAUCGCGACAGAACCUUUUACUGGAGAAAGUGAUGAAGAAGCCAGGCAGAGAACUUCUUGGAACUCUGAAAGUAACAAUUCAUUGAAAAGUAGCGGGACGCAGCUAUCAGAGGGAACGGUCGACAGCGGUUUUGGAGAUUCAUCCUGGAUGGGCUCCUCAGAGGUUGACAGUCACUACUCUGUUGAAAACCUCAUCGAUARCGAGAAGACUUCCUCCGAAGUCAUCCCUCGGUCCUAUAGUUGGAAUAACGUAWCCWCUUCUACUCAUAACCAACUUAUUCCAGCACGUACCUCACAGGAAUACAUCGAUUAUGUCAUUGAACGKUUUUCAUCUAAGGCAAGCGUGAACCGCAGUACUAGUGAGCUAGACUGGGACUAUUCAGACUCCAAAGCUGAAUAUCUUGGUGAAUUGCUUCCAAAUGAGACAAGUCUUCAAUGCUUUCCAUCAGAAGAAUUUAUAGAGGACUUGAACAGCUUAGAAACUGAGAUAGCACUGGAACUAAACAACUUAGACGACGUUGAACCUGAAGGUACAGGAGUUGCAAACAAGGAGAAGAUGUCUUCUCUACACCUUGACUUUGCAGAAGACRCAUACAGCGUGGAAGUCGAAAGAGCCCUUGAAUUGGCAGAAGAGAUCGAGGGGUCGCUGAAAUGUAACUAUGGUGGUAGAUAUUUUGAUUUAAAGGAGGAUUUUCGAGAAACGGUUGUAUAAGGGAUUUAAUAAGGUAGUAAAAAAKGAUUAGUGAAGAGUAGUAGGUAUAUAAAGCGAUACAGAUGCGUURUUCAUUAUCGGAAACCAGGGACUUUUCGUCGAAAAUAACAUUUUUGUUUCGGUUACACGCAGGCUGUUCGGAGUGUGCGAGGAACUAGCGCAAGUAGACUGUCCUGCAGCUAAAACGUUGCGUCAACACCCCCAGCCCUCAGAAAAAAGUCUCCAGUCCGAUGUACGUUAACAUAUGGUCAGUAAAGAAAUAUUGAAAUCUCAAAUAGAUACCUACAAAUAUUAAUAUACAUAGCAAAUACGUCUAGUAUUAAAAAUUGAUUAAUUGAGGAAAGAUUUCGAAGUAAAAAGAGAUUUAUAUAAGAACACAUAGCAUAUUCGUGGGGGGCGAAAUUUUCAGUAAAAAUACGAAAAGUUUAUCAUGUCGUCAAGACCAGAAUAUCAUUCUUAAUAUUGAAAAUGAUCUUAGAUAAAAAACUUUAAACAUUAUAACACUAUAAAAAGCAGUUAAGAGUAGAUCGCGUUAGAGGAAGUGAAAUGUUUCCUAAAUAUUUAACUAUAGUAGUAGCAAAGGUAUACUUUGUGCAUCAUUAAUAAAAUAUAUUUUAUUUGUGAAACACUGAAUUUUUUCCUUGGAUAUUGAUAAGGGCGUGUAGUUUAACUAAAUUCUCUAUAAGAUUUUUAUUAGGGCAUAUUUGCACUUGGCUGUCUAUUACAACUACCACAAUCGAUACCACGAGAAUGCUUUGCACACAUUCUUUAGUCAUUUUAAUCUCAAAAGGGAAUUGAAUGACCAGAAUCAUUCGGAGAUCAUAGAUCUGGAGAUCUUGAUGCUGUAUAGCUAUAGCCAAAGAAACUAAAAAGAGAUAUAAAGCGUAAUUUGAGCUUGGGUUUAGAGGAUCGAUCUGAAUGUACCUUAUACACAGAAAGAGGAGGAUUAACUGAAAUAAUGGGAAAUUAUGCGGGAUAAUGAGAAACUCUGGAUAGUCAGAAUUAUAUAUUAAUAGUAUUUUUUUCAGUUUAUGAAUCUUGUUUAUUUAAACACCCAGUGAAAUGUGGACUUUAGGAGUUAAAUGUGAAGAUAUUAAAAUAAUGGGAAUUGAAAGAAAGGGAGUUGAGUAGAUAGUGGGCUACUACUAUAUAUAUCUUAUUUUUGAUGCAUACAAACAUAACGCUUAAGUCUAAUUAUUUUAUUUAUAUUAUGUUGAGUUAAGUUAUUUAGAAGGAAUAGUUAGUUUGUAUUAUUUUCUUGCGUGUCAUUGUGGUUUUACUAAAAUAUUUAAUACAUUGCUUUAUAUUUAUUGUAAUAACAAUGAUACGCAAGGAAAACUAGACGAAUUGCACACCGAUUGUGUGUGUGUAUAAGAUGAAUUAUGGACUAUCAGACCUUUUCAAAUCACAAUUUAUGUAAAGUAUAUAGAAAUGAGAAGAAAAUAAACUCRCUUUAUAUUUUGUACAAA